AUGUCAUUCAGGUUCAAUAAAGCAACGUUUGAGGAUAACUCGUUCAAUGAACAGAUCCGUGAAAAGCUGACGAGUGCGCUCAAUGCAGAUGCCAACACCGGAACGCAAUCGAAAAGCGCAAAUGCGUCGAACUCGGCCGUCACAGAUGAGGUCAAGCAGGAGACCAAUGCGCCCAAAAAACUAGACAUCUUGAAAAGCGGGAUUUCAGUGCGGAAAGUAAACUUCCCGUCGAUCCCACAACUAGAGAUUUUAGACCUGGACGUUUCAGCGCAGUCGAAAUCGCUGCUAAAGGGAAUAUGCAAAAUCUCGUGCAAAAACGCAAUGCUGGAGAUAACCACGGAAAUCGAAGCUAACUUGCUGUUACUGUACACCAAUAACGGGCCUGCGUUCACAACGCCACGUCUGAUCUCCAACGACUCAUUCACAGUCCCGAUCACCAUGACCUUCAGCCAAAUCGAGCUGGAGGCCAUCACCAACAUUUUUGUGAAAAACACCAGUGUCGGCAUCUCGUUCAACGACGUGAACUUGGAUUUCGACUUUGACUGCUCCAUCAAGCUGCUGCAAUCCAGCAUCGAAAAGCGGCUGAAGGGAUCCAUGGAAACCGUGUUCAAAGAAGUACUUCCUAGCGUGAUUUUCAGCAUGAGUCAACGCUGGUUCACGCAUGGAGAGGCCAACACGGGUUCUACAGAUGAAAGUAAGUUUUCAGAACAGGUUUCAACACAUCCGCACGUGCCCCGCACUAUCCUGGAAGACUCAGAUCUCGAGGACCUAUCGCCGGCCACAAUGCUGCGACUCUCGACUUUGGUAUCUUCUCGCCAAUCUUUAUCGCUAAACCCAACGUCAAUGAACACAUUCAGCGCCAUUCCCGGAUGUUUGGAAAGGCAAAACUUGCAUCGAUUCAAUUCUAGAGUGCCCGCACUCAGUAAUUUUUACCCCGCUUUUUACGACAACGAACCCCCAGAAUUGAAGACUCUGGGUAGAUCUACAAGCUCGAGCGCUGUCAUUGGGGGAGGCUACUCCCAACAGCGGAAUGUUCUACCACAGCGUUUCCUUGAUGACAGAAGCUACGACCUCAAAACCAUUGCAUCAGUCCAGUCUCGAAUUUACGAAAGAAGUAGCAGUGGCGACAACUCUAAUUUGAGAAGACGCAAGAUUAAAAUGGGUAAGCGGGCCAAGCCAAUAGUCACGCCUGUGCCACAAACUCCUGUGAUUCACGAAGAAGAGGCAGAAAUGACCGCUACAGUUGAGCCGGAGAGAGACGGACAAACAGAAACUGCAGAUUCCGAAAUAAUACAUACACCACGAGCCGUGCCUGCAACACCAAGUGCCGAAACGUUUAUCGUAAAGAACUCGGUUUUGGACGACGCUCCAUUGUUACAGUGGCCCGCACAAGUUACUCCUUCGGUUUCAGGAAAACUACAAAUGUCCAAACUGAAUUUAUUAGAGGAGGCCCAAUUUCUGAGUAGGAAACGUGAACUACAAAAACUCAGGUCGAGUCUGUAUUCGCCCAUGAGAGGCAGUAAGUUUUACGUUACGAGAGAAAUGGAAAGGCCCAUUUUAGAGCAUAAGGGACUAAGUUUCGUGGGACUGGCUCAUGGACUCAAAGCGGGGGGCGAGGAGGUACCUCCUCCUCCGUAUGGCUAUUAA